AUGUUGGAGCGCGCGACUGGCGGCUUACCCGCUGACCACGAGUACGUGACAAGCUCCUCAUCAGCGACCACGAUCCGCAGUGCCUCCUCCCACAGCGACGCUGCCAGCAGUUACAGCAACCGCCAUCACGACGAGGAGUACUACGCUAAAGAGGACGGAGCUGCGGUACCUGCAGCGCCGCCGCUGACUGAGGAAGAGGAGAAGACCUACCCCGACGAGGCGGGCUACUCCACGGAGGACAUGAACAGAGACGCAGAGCCGGAGGACGCGGUGAAAGAAGUCACCUCGCGCUCCUCCAUCUUGAAGUCCUCCUCGUCCUUCUCGUCCUCGUACUCCAGCAACCGCCAGUCAUCCCUCCGCGAUCACGCGGCCGAGGUGGCGCGGGAGCAGGCGAAGGCGGAAGCGCGCGCGGAGGCAGAGGCGGAGGCAGAGGCGGAGGCAGGAGCAUAUGUAGGGGAUGGGGCAGAAGACUCCUAUGCUGAUGAUGGUUUUGAGGACAACCUCUCACAGUCGCAUCACCAGUCGUCGGCCGCCGCUGCCUACCUCUGCCCGCAGGAGGAGGACGGCAAGGCAGAGGCCCUCCUGGAACCGGAGGCGGUCUACCCCCUUGAGACGACAGAGGAGGAAGCCCAUAAGGAGUCGUACGAUGAUGACGAGUUUGAAAAGAGCUUCGCCUCUAGAGAUGCUGCUGACGAUGUGGAGGGUGCACCCGCGGCACCGCUGCAGCAACAGCCGGAGUACGUGGAGGAGGAAGAGGCAGAGAAGCCGGCAGCCGCUGACGAGGCCAGUGACGAUGCCAAGUCGGGCUCUUACGAAGAGGAGCGACUCGAUGACGACGAGUUGCUCUCCCCGAAAAAGGCCUCACACAACACCUCGGAUGCUGAUGUGUCACUCAUCGAAAAAUAUGAGGAGGACCAGGCAGAAGUCUCUCCCGAGGAUGCGCAGUGUGUUACAGCAACGCUGACAGCCACAGAAGAUGUGAAGCCAUCGGAGAAGGACGACGUCGAGGGCAGUGCCGCCGAGGUGCAGUCGCAGGAAGAAUACCCGCAGACUGCCCUUGGCCAGGGAGACGGCGAAGACGAAUUCGAGGAUGAGCUGUCCACCAGUAAGUCGUCGGCCGCCGCUGCCUACCUCUGCCCGCAGGAGGAGGACGGCAAGGCAGAGGCCCUCCUGGAAUCGGAGGCGGUCUACCCCCUUGAGACGACAGAGGAGGAAGCCCAUAAGGAGUCGUACGAUGAUGAUGAGUUUGAAAAGAGCUUCGCCUCUAGAGAUGCUGCUGACGAUGUGGAGGGUGCACCCGCGGCACCGCUGCAGCAACAGCCGGAGUACGUGGAGGAGGAAGAGGCAGAGAAGCCGGCAGCCGCUGACGAGGCCAGUGACGAUGCCAAGUCGGGCUCUUACGAAGAGGAGCGACUCGAUGACGACGAGUUGCUCUCCCCGAAAAAGGCCUCACACAACACCUCGGAUGCUGAUGUGUCACUCAUCGAAAAAUAUGAGGAGGACCAGGCAGAAGUCUCUCCCGAGGAUGCGCAGUGUGUUACAGCAACGCUGACAGCCACAGAAGAUGUGAAGCCAUCGGAGAAGGACGACGUCGAGGGCAGUGCCGCCGAGGUGCAGUCGCAGGAAGAAUACCCGCAGACUGCCCUUGGCCAGGGAGACGGCGAAGACGAAUUCGAGGAUGAGCUGUCCACCAGUAAGUCGUCGGCCGCCGCUGCCUACCUCUGCCCGCAGGAGGAGGACGGCAAGGCAGAGGCCCUCCUGGAACCGGAGGCGGUCUACCCCCUUGAGACGACAGAGGAGGAAGCCCAUAAGGAGUCGUACGAUGAUGACGAGUUUGAAAAGAGCUUCGCCUCUAGAGAUGCUGCUGACGAUGUGGAGGGUGCACCCGCGGCACCGCUGCAGCAACAGCCAGAGUACGUGGAGGAGGAAGAGGCAGAGAAGCCGGCAGCCGCUGACGAGGCCAGUGACGAUGCCAAGUCGGGCUCUUACGAAGAGGAGCGACUCGAUGACGACGAGUUGCUCUCCCCGAAAAAGGCCUCGCACAACACCUCGGAUGCUGAUGUGUCACUCAUCGAAAAAUAUGAGGAGGACCAGGCAGAAGUCUCUCCCGAGGAUGCGCAGUGUGCUACAGCAACGCUGACAGCCACAGAAGAUGUGAAGCCAUCGGAGAAGGACGACGUCGAGGGCAGUGCCGCCGAGGUGCAGUCGCAGGAAGAAUACCCGCAGACUGCCCUUGGCCAGGGAGACGGCGAAGACGAAUUCGAGGAUGAGCUGUCCUCCAAUAAAUCGUCGGCUACCACGUCUGUGGCGCCAUCGCCUGUCGCAGCAUUGAGGAAGGCCGACGUCCCUAAGGAAGAAGUCGGGGAAGAGCUCGACAGGGAACUCUCCCCGACGAAGGCACCCGAUGCGGAGCGCAAGCGGGAGGAGUCACUGAUGUCAUCGUCGGCUCUCGCACCGGCGCCGCCGUCACCCUCCUCGUCCAACUCAGAGGUCGUCACUGCGUCGACCUCCGCCGUCUCACCUGCUGCCGCAACGUCGCACAAGAACAGCGCAGCGGGCAUGGAAACCGAGGAACUGGGCAGCGGCGCCAACGACACUUACGCAGAUGACUUUGAGGGCAUGUAA